GACGAGAUCAUCUGGCAGUGUAUCAAUCAACAAUUCUGCUCAUACAAAGUCAAGUCAACAGAGCAAAACUUCUGCCGCAACGAGUACAAUGUCUCCGGUCUCUGCAGCAGGCAGUCCUGCCCGCUCGCCAACUCGCGCUAUGCGACCGUCAGGGAGAAGGAUGGCAAGCUCUACCUCUACAUGAAGACAGUGGAGCGCGCGCAUAUGCCGGCCAAGCUCUGGGAGCGUAUUCGUCUGCCGAAAAACUACACAGAGGCACUCAAGCUCAUUGACGAGAAGCUGCAGUACUGGCCCAACUUCAACUCGCACAAGUGCAAGCAGCGCCUAACAAAGCUGACCCAGUACCUCAUCAAGUCGCGCAAGUUGGCCAUGGCGCCGCAGGUCAAGUUGAUUCCAAUCAAGCCAAAGCAGACCAAGCGUGAGGCCGCCCGGGAACGCAAGGCGCUGGUUGCGGCCAAGCUCGAAAAGUCGAUCGAGAAGGAGCUGAUUGAGCGGCUCAAAUCGGGUGUCUAUGGCGAGAUGCCAUUGAAUGUCAAUGAAGAUGUCUGGCAACGCUUCCUCAAUGCAAAGACUGGCUUGCAAGACGAUACAGACGCUGCAGAGAUGGAAGAGGAACUCGAGCUCGAGGGCGAGACGGCGUUCGUGGAGGAGAGCGACGGUGAGUCUGACAUCGAAGAUUGGUGGGCAGAGGAGGAUGCAGCUGGUGGCAGUGCGUCUGGCAGCGAGAGCGAGGACGGCAGCAGCGAAGAAGACGAGGCCAAGAAGAGCAAGAAGCGAAAGGCACCGCAGGACAAGCGGGCCUCGAAGCGUGUCGAGAUUGAGUAUGAGGAGGAGCAGGAG